GACCUUCCUAUCGAUCACUUUGGAGUGUUCUGCGAAUGGCUAAAAGGCAAGGUUCGUAAAAUGGGCAACUUUGAAAGUUUGAACUUAAGCGCUAUGGAGCUAUCUGGGCUCUGCAUAAUUCAUUGAUAGAUAUCGAUUGGUUUGCAAUACACAUUAUCGUUCUACAUACCCGUAAAACAGUCGUUAAGCACACACAAAACGACUUGUAGAGGUUUUAAUCUUGCGGGGCCAUCAAGGGGUACGUUGUCAUCGAGUUUCAAACUGUGUAAUUCAUCUAAGAUAAGAAAAUAUUUAUCCGGUUUAAAUAUACACGUAUAAAUCUAGUGUGGAGGUUCAGUGGACGGAGCAUAUUUUUUUCAACAAAAGGCAUUUAAAGGAUACUGCAAAUAAUCACCUUCACGAUUAGCGUGUGAUUCGCCUGAGUCGGAGACGAUUAAGUGUUAGGUGUAGGUGUUGUACGUCUAGCAACACGCCAGACCAGUUAUAUAUAGAUAUAUCAUAACAAUUCUGUGUUUGGACCAUGUAUUCCGACCAGCCCUCGUACAGCGAACCGACCCCCACGGUCGUGGCCCCUCCCAGGCCGGCCUCAGCCCAGAACUUCACCCCCGCGUACUUGUGGAGCGACUUUGACCCACCUGGGCUUCGCAGAGAGAGGACAACGUAUGGCCAUAUGAACGACUGGAUGAAGGUGUCCCGAGACGGAGUCCCUGUCACAAUGUCGGACAAUAACUGGCACAAUUUAAAACAGAGCGAACAAAAGAAUCACGAUAUACAGUUUAAGAAAGCUUUCAGCAAUUUAUCCUCUAAAAUCGCCUACAGACACCCCAACCCCGGGAAUCCAAGACAAAGACAAGGAAGAAUAGGCGGAAGUUGGAGGCACAUAAAGGAAGUUCUAGGUCACGGAGGAAGUAGAGUAGUGUAUGUUGACGAUCCAUACAUACCAGAGGGUCCCGGGAGGCGCAUUUCGUUUUCUCCUACCCGCGCCUACUUUGACCCCUUCAUACCAUUAGGUACUUCCGCCGUAGAAUCGCCUUAUCACAACUCUUGUGGGGACUUUGAUACGUGGAAUCGUUUUGAAAUCCCCCCUGUACAAGCUGCAUCACCGUCCUAUCAAGAUGGCGACCUUGCCAGGAAAAUGGGACUUAAUGUGUCCCCCAAAUACAAGGGAUUUUACCGUUAUGGUGCCAAGUGAUGACGUCACGUCCUGUCUUCAUUUAAAGAAUGGAGAUUUCUUUAUUUUUCAGUACCAUUCAGUAUUUCUGACUUUUAUUAUUGCUCACAUUAACGUGAAUAUUUUUUAAGAAAAUGUAUUAUUUUGUUCAAAGUCUUUUUAUGUAUUGUUUAUACGUUCAAUAAAUAUAUCUUAUAAAGGAA